AUGGAGGACAGGACGAGGUUGACCGAUCCCGAGGAAGAUCGUCGUCGAGAGAAUGAAAAGAACGAUUCCAAGAGACGAAUGGAUUCUACCGGUGGUCCAGGCUCUUCGAAACAGGAGUCUGGUGACGACGAGAGCAGCACAGACAGUGGUUGCAGCACUGGUGGAAGUACCGGAAGCGCGGAGAGAUUGUCGCGUCGCGGAAGUAGCGAGCGAUUGUGCCGCGCUACCAGGUCGCCGAGGACUCACUGCUAUUUGGAUCGUCUUCGAGGUCGACCUACUUGCUCACAGGAACGAUUGUCCAGCGUUCACAGAAUCUCCGAACGUGUUCGAGCGAAAUCCUCUCGCUCUUGGAGCCCUGGAGACGUGAGAGGUGUCGCGAGAAAUUCCGAAUCUCUCUCGUACUCGUCGAGCCCCUCAGACGCCCACAGCAGCACCGACAGCGAUUCCCUGAAAAGAUCCAGCACAACGGACACCCUCCGGAGAGCACUUCAGACCCUCAAGAUAUCCUCCAAGUGGGAGGGAAAGGAGAACAAGCACACGAAGAAAAGCCCGAAGAGAAUUUUACGCAGCCCGGUAUCGUAUACGUACGUGAAAGGCCUUUCGGGGCUGCCAACACAGAGGGUCCCAAGAAACGUGGCGCAACAACUAACGAUGCCGUGUUCCUGUCAGGAUCCCGUUGGUCUUUACCGAUAG